GGUUGCGCAUUCCUCCAACAAGCGGCCAUCAUGUUGAUAAUUCCCGUGCUGGCGCAGGAAAUUCUCCGUCCUUUGAGCGCCAUGUCAGAUCCCGAGUCGGCGGAGGGCGAGCAGCAAGCGAACCACCAGCGGUCCGGAGAGGACGCGGAGGAGCGGGCAGCUGCCGAGGCGGCUACCAAGAUCCAGGCCACCUUCCGCGCCUACAAGGUGCGCAAGGAGGUGCGCCUCGGGGGAAGCAGCGCAGGAGGGAGUGAGGCGAACCUCUCGCCGACUCGCACCGACCCAACCAUGAAGGAGCCCGAAGAGGAAAACCUGGCCGACAUCGACCUGACCGACCCGAGCCUAAACCAGGCGGCAAGUAAGAUCCAGGCCACGUUCCGGGGUCACAAGGUUCGCAAGAGCCCGCUGCACCAACCCAAGGAACACGGGGACCAGCAGCAGCAGCAGGAAGGGAAAGCCGGAGACCAGGCGGACGACGACGCCAGCAAGGAACUGCCCGACGAGCUUGAGGACAUGGACCUGAACGACCCCGAUCUGGCGAAGGCAGCUGUCAAGAUACAAGCCACGUUCCGAGGCUACAAGACGCGCGCAAAGCCAGAAUGACCACAGACAGGUUGAAGACCAUCGUGAAGACUUCGAGGAAGCCUGCCCAUACAUGAAUUAUUUAUGACAUAGCAUGCGACUCUACAAUGUUCGACUUCAUCUAACUCCGAUGCACGCAACAGAGGCAACGUGGAAGAAGCUGGCCACCAAAAGAAACUUUUCUGGCAACCCUGGUCACACUGCACAUCCCACAUUCCCCAAGACGCUUCGUAUUUCAAAUCUUCACCGGUGCUUCGGUAACCCCAAUGCAUUCAAAUUUCAUAUAAGCAGUUACACUAAUGUAGAAAUUACAGUCCAUCGCCAGCUCGCGUGCAAACGCUUCGGGAAAAUAGAUAUAGUUGAAUGCGCAGGUGGAGUUAUCGCUCCAUAUUUCUCUACAGUCGGUUGUUGUCUAAGCGUUUUGUAUGAGCACGUGUUACCUGGCCUCUAGCAGGCGCCUACGCACUUGCAAAAUUCUGAAGCUCUUUUUAUGUCGUAUUCCCUUUCCCUCAGAGCAGGAUAGCAAACAGCACGCGCGUCUGGUUACCCUCCCCCCUGCCUUUCCUGUUCCUCGUUUCUCUCUCUCUCUCUAAAGCUCAAGACUGCAUUCGAACCUGUAUUUCAGACGCGAGUUACGUGCCCGUGCACAUGCACAAUGUUAUCUGAAAAUUUUUCGUCGAGCCUUUCGCGUGCCGACAAACGUUCCACUCUUCGGCUUCGUCGAAUGAUGCGGUCAUUGCGUUAUAACAAAUCCACCGUAUAAUCAGCCGCUUACCUCAGCGGUCACUGGAAAGCGGAGGAGUGUAAGAAUAGGUUCGAGACGCUUAUUAGGUAGCAUGCGGGACUGCAGGUUUGCCACCCGCAAGCAACAUCUCGUGCAGAGAAUUGCUUCUCUCAAUUGCAUCCAAGAUAUUCAACACGCUGUAAUGAAGAAAUGCUUCGCAGGCAAUGAGUAAUAAUAAGAACUACCCAAUAAACGUAUUCGAGAUGCUUCGCACGCAAGCCUAGAUUGCAUGGCGCCCUCAAACUAAUUCUCGUCUAAGGAAUAUUAGGGGAGCAUGGCACACGACACCAAAAUCUGCAGCAUAAUAAGAAAAAAAGUGUUUGCGAGGAGUGUAGUGCUCGAUUUCUUAGAUACUCGCCGCACGUUCAAGCUGAAAAUCUCGCAUGUCAUGGUAAUGACAUCAGUGGUAUGGCUAAUUUGCUUCCAUUGCACGGAGCUGAAGGCGAGCGUGAGGUCGAGAUGCGAUCCUGAGCGCGGUUUUCUGUACUUGCAGUUAAAACAACAACAAAAAAUCUUUCAAAGGACAUUUGCAACUAAAACUACCGAAAACAAAGGCUAGGACGGAGUAAGAAAUUAUGCGAAGGCAAGGGUAUGAAGAACUGAGCCAGUGAGCUCCCUGUGGAAGAAGCAUAUCAUUCUCGGCUUACUAUAGCUAAACGUGCACGUCUAUGAUUUACUAAUGGCCAGCUCCUAUUCAAGCAGUCAUUUAAAACAAGGACAGAGCAACUUGCUCGACACAACCGACAAAGUUAGGCAUAUCUGCACUGACAUAAUAGCCAGGAAACCACCUGGAAUGCAACCAAAAUAGCGCUGAAGGUCUGGAACAGAAAUUAUUUUCCUCUCUAAUAAUCUUGGCUCCUAAGACAUUUCAGGCAUCCGCGUAAGGCUUUAGAAUUAUAAUGAUAUAAAUCUUAAUCAAUUAAGACACAAUUCAUUUACAGCAUUGUUAUCCUUCUGCAGAAGACCUAAGAACUCCACUGUGAGCCCUGCCUCCCCCUCCUCCCCCCCAUUCACAUUCAGAAUAUAUUAGCAUCAUUAUAACGUGUCCUCUGCGGUAAGAAUUAAAAGAGACAAGGCACUAACACAUUUGUGGUCCAGUUACACAAAAUAUGACUCACAGUUCAAAACUUAAUCUUCAUAGACAAUGCCAAGAGCCUGUAGCCAAGACAAUGUUUUAAAGGCUGAAUCAUCAUAUUUAGCAGAACUCCGAUUACUCUAAUCUGCACGCAGCCAUUUUACUUCCACAACUGUAAACAUGCUAUGUGUCUGCGUAACUGUGUCACAGUGUCACAGAUUUGUUACUACUUAAAUUCUGUUCAAUUUUAUGUAGCAUAAAACCACGAAAGCACAAAACAAACAAAAAUUAACACGACUCGGCUACAAUACAUCUCUAAGCGAAUUUUGAAAUAUUUUUCUUCCAAUGUCAACAUUUUCCCAUCGGACAAAUAAUGUGCAUCACAAAUGCACUGCGAAGAAACGCCUGCGAUAACAUAUACAGUAAGUAUUCAAUCACAGUGCUAUUAGGAACCUGUACUUCACUCGCCAACCUUACUGCCUUUGCCUUUGGAAAGCAGCUCGCGACUUGAAUGCUUUGGUGUUGCUUGUGAAGCCUGCAUGCACUUGUUCAAACAUGCUUGAGAACAUCGCUGUGAUGUUUGAAAGUCGAUAUCAAAGGGAAGUGUAAUAGCCAUAGGCGUGCGCAGGGUUCCCCAUCAGGGAGGGGCAAAGGUUCACCGCAGCGCCCCCCCCCACCCUACUAAGUCAAUGUAGGGGUCAGGUUUUGCGCCCCCUCCCUCUUAGGUGAUUAGGAGGGGGCGGCCCCUGUGCGCACGCCUAUGGUAAUAGCUGAAUGAGUUGGGCAGGCGGGCGCUGUUAACUGACUGGUUGGUUGUAGCCUUUGUAGGGAUGCAGGCAUUUGCUCUGCCUUGGCUCGUUUUCGCUUUAUUUCUCCGAUGCCUCACAUUCACAUUGGACCAGUGUUCGGAAAAGAACCUCAACACCUGGGGUGACGUGUUACAGGGAGUAGAACAUUUGAAUAUGUGUGUGGCUACAGUGAAGAUGAUAUAUGUGCUACGUACGAUAAAAGAAGGAAGAUAUGUCUUCAUUCUCUAAUAAAAGUAUUAUUAUCAACA